UCUGGAUAUAACCGCUGGAUUUAAUGGAAGCUUGGAAGGCCAACAAUUGAGUCCCCCGACCUCACCGGUCAGCUCAGGCUCAGCAGCCGCCCGAUUCGCGCCGCCCUCCCGACUUCCGUCGCCGUUCGCCGCCGCAGAGCGCAUACACCGCGGCGCGCCCCGAGUGGAUGUGGUGGGAGGAGGUGAGGAGGAGGGAACGCGGGGAGCUGCGCGCCCGGCGCUUCGAGGCCCUCGCCCGCUCGCGCCGCGCCGCCUCGCUCGCGCUCUCCAACCGCAAGGAAAUCACGACCCCGCACCUCGGCGCCGUCAACUCCCUCCAGAGGGGAGGUACCUGCUCUCGGGGGCGUCGGACGGGUCGGCCGCCGUCUUCGAUUUGAAGGACGCGACGGAAUACGAGGCCGGGUUCAUAGCCAAGCACAGGAGCAUUCUGCUUGUGGACAAGCAGCAUCAGCAUGGCCACAAGUUCACCGUCUCCAAGGCCAUCUGGUAUCCUGUGGACACCGGGCUGUUCGUCACGGCCUCCUUCGAUAACUAUGUCAAAGUGUGGGAUACCAAUUCGACUCAAAUGGUCAUGGAUUUUAAGAUGCCCGGAAAAGUGUACAGUGCUGCAAUGUCUCCGAUUGCAACAACGCAUAUGCUCAUCGCUACCGGAAGCGCAGACGUUCAGGUCCGUUUGUGUGAUAUUGCUUCCGGGGCCUUUACUCACACGUUGUCCGGUCAUCUUGAUGGUAUCAUGUCUUUGGAGUGGUCUACCUCAAGCGAGUGGAUCCUAAUGAGUGGUGGCUGCGACGGGGCGAUACGUUUUUGGGACAUAAGACGAGCUGGAUGCUUCCUUGUCCUUGAUCAGUUACGGUCUCAGCUAGGAAGACGGCCUCCCAUUCUUGAUGGCACCACCGACAACCAGCAUCAGAAGAACUUAGGACGUUCAUCUUCAUCAAAGAGUUACUCGGUUCAGCAGAGGACAGGCAAUCAUAAGAAGCAGUCCAAAGCACUACGCAAAAGUCUAACCAUGGUACGUGGACAUACGCAACAGAAAGUGCAUCCCGGUAUGUCAUCCAGUCAAAAUCAUAAAACAGCUCAUUAUGGUGCUGUUACAGGAUUAAGAACAACAACAGAUGGGAUGCACCUUCUUAGCUCAGGAUCUGAUUCUCGUUUAAGACUCUGGGAUAUCGAUUCAGGCUGCAAUACUUUGGUCAAUUUUGAAGCCAUGCGAUUGCAAACUAGCAAGCCACUACAACUAGCUGUCACUGAUGAUCCAUCACUUGUGUUCAUUCCAUGCAUGUCAAGCAUCAAGGCAUACAAUACAUGGUCUGGUACGACAUUUCAAACAUUCCGUGGGCAUUAUGACCAUGUAAAUUGCUGCUACUAUAACUCACAAGACCAAGAACUCUAUACUGGUAGCAAUGAUCGACAAAUUCUUGUGUGGUCUCCAUCGACUCCUGCUUUGACUGAAAUGGAAGACGAUGACAAGCGGCAAGAAGGUUUUGCAGCUGAUGAGGAUAACUGGAGUGACUGAGAACUUCUGAGUUUUUUGAGGGAGAGGACUUAUGAGUUGAUCACGUGUAUAUAUACAAGGUUACUAACAAUAUUGACACAAGUGAUGCCGAAAUAAAGUCAGGGUUCUUGUUAGGUAUUACAUGAACAAGUAAUUACUUGUGUUUGCCUACUACUCCCUCCGUCCGAAAAUACUUGUCAUCAAAAUAGAUAAAAAUGAAUGUAUCUAGAACUAAAAUAUGUCUAGAUACAUCUCCUUUUAUCCAUUUUGAUGACAAGUAUUCCGGACGGAGGGAGUACUAUGAGAGGAUGUUGUAAUUUAGGAUUUGAACUUUUUGUAGUUCAUUGAGACUUAUGUAUUCAGACAUCAUAACAAAAAGAGAGCAGUAUUAUGUACGGUUCACCCAACUGCUAUUUAUGUAUACAUUGUUCUUGCUAAGGCAUUGCA